AUGGAUACAUCGACAGUUUUUCAAUCUAGUUUCUCGAUACGUUCGCUGCUGGCGGAUGACAACAACAAUAGCAACAACAACAACAAGCAACAACAACAAAGUGAAAAGUCAACUGAAUACUAUCGCAGUGUGAGCUCGAGUCCUGCCUCAUCCUCCUCCGCCUCCUCAUCCUCGGAUGAUGCAACGCCAACAAACACUCAAUCAAAAUCAAAUGAGAAGCCAGCUUUCACAUACAGCGCAUUGAUUGUGAUGGCCAUUAGACGAAGUCCCGACCAGCGUUUGACAUUGAGCGGCAUUUGCAAAUGGAUUGCCGAUAAUUUUGCCUACUAUCAGAAUCACAAAAGUGUGUGGCAGAAUUCCAUACGCCACAAUUUGAGUUUGAAUCCGUGUUUUGUGCGUGUGCCGCGUGCUUUGGAUGAUCCAGGACGUGGUCACUAUUGGGCAUUGGAUCCGUAUGCCGAUGAUUUGACCAUUGGCGAGACAACGGGACGUUUGCGACGCACCAACAACCACAGCAACCACAACAACAACAGCGGCGGCAACAACAGUCGAAUGUUGCAAGGACAUGGCAAAGCGGCACGCCAAUCUGCAACAGAUUACGAGCAGCAGCAGCAGCAACAUGCCGCAUGUGGCAAGCACAAUGUCGGCGGCUUCUCGUCAUUAUGCAUGUCCAAGGCAUGUACUCUCGACAUCGACAUCGACUGA